AUGAUCAACCUGAGCCACCUGACGGAGGAGGAGCAGGAGAAGAUAAUGGUGGUCCUGAGGCGGGAUGCUGAGCUGAAAAAGGCGGAGGAGGACCGAAUCAGAAAACUGGAGAAAAUACUGGAUGGUGGCUCACACCCGGAACCCAAGCUGAAGUGCCUGAGUGGGGAGUGGUUUUACGAGGUUAAAUCUCGCAGACACACGGAUAAAAUCCACGGCUCAGAAAUCAUCUUGGCCUCCAUGAAACACUGGAAAGCUGCUGAUGGAUCUCCUACAGCUGAAAGGGUCAAAACACCCAGCACACAAGGAUCAAAUGUCGCCACUCCACCGAAACCUGCCAGAAGUUGGGAGGCACUAAAGCCACAGGAGAUAAAAGAUGGAGACGGACUGAGUCAAAGUUCAGCACGCCGCUCUCAAAGAAUGUCAAGGCACAACCCGUUCGACCGUUCUUCCAUUAUUGUUUAUGAGCCACCUGAAAAUAACGAUGUGCCAACCAUUAAGGACCAGAGGUUUGGACCAGAGGAGCAGGAGUGCAAAUCUCCACUGAAGACUGCCCCAGCAGGUGAUGGCAGUCAGAAUUCAGGGGGCUCUAUCACAUCAGAGGGCUCCUCUGUAGGGUUAAGGCCAGUGCCAAAGAAGAGGAAAUUUCUUUCAAACUAUAGCAGUCAUCAGGCAGAAAGCAGUGGCCUGAGCUUAGACACUCGGGAAGGGUCAGAAGAGCUUCCUCCUGCCCCGAGACAAAGCCUCCAGCAGGGGCCCUUAGAGAGCCCUAACCUGUCCUUGUUGAAGAGCCCAGAUGAUAGGCCUCAGCCUGAAAUGCCUGAGAUAGGUGCACUCCAACUGUCUUCUCAGCCUUCCAGCUCUGCAGAUAAAGCCUUCCAGGAACCACUGUUUGAUGUGUUUCAGAAGUCUAGCCCGGAGAGAGAAAGAACCCCUCCGACAACAAGAGACAGACUAACCACAUAUACCAGAGGUGAUGGAUCCACAGAGCGAGAGGAAAGAGAUGAUCAGGCACAAAGAGAGUCCAACACUUUCAUCCUGCCCACCAGCAACAUUCAGGACUCAAACAAAGAAACUAACAGCAGUGUUGCAACAGCAGCGAAACAGGAAGACCUGAGCAUCACCCAAAGUACUGUGGAUCCAGAUCCUCCUGUAUCUUACGAUCUCAACUUCAUUGAUAAAUCUAAUCAGCAAAAGCAGAAGAAAUCAAAACAAAAACAUGUGCUCAAAUUAUCCCCUCAGGCCACCAGUCCCACUGGUGAUGAUGGGGACUCCAUUGCAAAGGUGCUGGACUGGUUCAGCCGCAGCACAGACAGCAAUGAUUGGCUAGAUACAGAAGAUGAAUAUGAGAGCUCUGACAAACAUGCUGAAAUUAGCAAAUUAAGAAGUGAAGAUUCAUUGACAAAUGAUGCUGGGGAAUUUGAAAGUGAUGAAAAGAGGGAAACUCCUGAAAUGAAGAGAAGUCUCUUACAAAGACAGAUCAGUGAGGCUAAAGAUUCAAUAGCAACAGAUGGAACUGACAACAAAGAACAGAGUGAAACACAAGAGGAUGUGCUGAAGGAAAUCCAGUCACAGCAAUUGAAAGAUAAUGACAAUGAAUACCAAGCAGCGAACAUUUCUCAUUUGAAGUCAUUCUGGGAACAGUGCACCACAGGCCCUAAGGUUACCAGCAAGUCAGUCACGUCCAGCAACAAAGAACAGAAACUUGUUCACCUGUCAGCACAGAAAGAUGAGGAGAACAUGAACAAACCCCAUGAAAUGUCUGAUAUGACCCCUGGAAUGUACAGUGAGAGGGGGAUUUAUGAUGACUACACCUCAAAACAUGGGGAGGAAAGAGAACAAAAGUUUGUAACCAGUGCACAUAAUGAUACUGAGGACAGUGUACAUUUAAAUAACCAACACACAGACAGUCUGGUUAUAAAUACUUCAACUCAGAUAAACAACAAUGACCCAAUACUCAGCUCAAAUAAUUUAAAGUCACCAUCCAGUCCCAAAGUAGCAGACAGAAAUGAUUCAGAUAUGGAGAUUUUAGGUGUAACCAGUCUGGAGCCAAAGCCAGCCACUCAGUCCAGAGUGAGUCCAGAAUGGGAAAGCAUCUCUACAGUGAAACCAGAUCUAGGGUCUGACAGUGUUUCCCAAUCUAGAGAAACUUCACAGCAAGAAGAGCCAUCAGUGACUAUUCCUCUGUCUCAGCUGGGUACAGAUCUCCAACGAAAGGAUGGUCCAGACUCUAAGAAGCUCUGUCUGUCCAGAAACAAGCAAGGUGGGUUCAGUGCCCAAAUCGUGCCUAAAGCACAAGCACAAGCACACAGACUAUCAGAAGACAUAAAGAGGAUGGACAGUGAGGAUAAAAACAUGCAAUCAAGCACGUCUCCUAGAAAAAUAGAGGAGGAGUCCAGUAAAGACCGAACUAACAGUCCACAUCAAGAAAGUACAGCAGAGAAGAUUAAGCAGCUCAAAUCUUUCUGGGAGCAGGAUAAGAACAAGCCUAUGCCUUACAAUGAUAAACCAAAAUCUCUUGGUCCAAAACUCAAUAAACGACUGACAAAGUCAGAGUAUGAUCUAAGUUCAGUUGGAAAUGGCUUAGGUAGUAAUGAGGACGACUCCAAUAGAAAUCAGCACACUGUUGCUCCAUUGAAUCGGACGACAGAAAUUUUGUCUCCUGGCCUGAGCCGAACACAGUUCGACACUCUGCGUGAAUUCUGGGAUGCAGGCAAAUCAGAUACCAAGGAAUCAGUGUCCUUUGUCAAACCCCAAAGCCCCAAAACAAAACAGCCAGUAAAUGCCCAGUGCCCACCUCAGGAGUUGCAGUGUGAUGACCCUAAGAUUUACCACACAUCCCCCACUGUUGAGACAACAACACCAGCUGCCUUGAAAUCGACUCCACCUCUACAGAAACAAUCAAAUUUGCCGCAUGACAAACUGAUGGGUUCUGGGACAACAGUGAAUGACAGCAAAAAGAACCACAACCAGUCCAGUUAUACUACAGCUGAGUCCAGAAGAAGCUCCAAAGACUCAAAUACAGAGGAGAACUCCACAAAACCAAAAAGCAGUUCAGGAAAACAGACUCAUUCUCCUAAGAGCAAAAAAGAAAGCUUGAGCAAUUUAAGCAGUGGUGGAAAUUCUUUACUCCAUAGCACAAGCAUGUUCGCUCUGAGUGAUGCUGAUGAAAUAGAUCAAGGCCAGAUUGAAAUGGAUUCAAGCCACGUCCAUUCCCAGAGCAAAAAGCAGACACAAAACACUGAAAAGGAUGCUGUACUGACAAGCUCAUCAAAGGAAACGGAGACUCCGAUUCCACGUGCACGCACAUUCGUUCCCAAACACAACCAGCAUUGCUUGGGGAUUACAGAUACAACUAGUGUCCCCACCUCGCUUUCCCUGGCUGUAAAGGACGAGGGAUCGGAGGGCAAAUCUGAAUGUGAAGUAGACCUGAGCAGUCCGCUGACAGCCAGCACCCCAGUAAGUUCAGGGGGACGUUACAGCAGGAAGGCCUACCAGAAGAGUCGGCGCUGUGCAUACAACAGCAGCUCAGACACAGGCCAGGAGUCUCCUGUGAGCAGCACUUCAGAAACCUGGUCUAACUCGAGGAGCAGUUCAAAUCGUGACGAUGACAGCCAGCACCCUGUAAGGAAAGCGCUGAGGCGAGCACAAGCGCGGCCAAAAUAUCUGGCUAAAAGUAUGGGUGACAUCACAGCAUCCUUAUCGCCACAAGAAGAAAGAAAACAUGGCACAACUGCUGACAUGAGACGCUCUAGUGAAGUCAACCUCCCUUUGGUGUCAUCCAUCCCGUCCUCCUCCUCACCAUUAUUUUCGGAUCCAGACCACCUGAAGAAGAUGAGUAAAUCAGUUCCUUCAUUCAUAGAGAAGGAGGAUGCUGACAAUGACUCCAGUGAGGACAGUUACUACCAAGGAAGACCAAAGAUUGGCCGCUCAAUGACAAACCUCACUAACUCCUCUGGCAAGGCGUCUAUGUCUUCUUUGAGUGGAAGUGUGAUGACCGUGUACAGUGGGGACUUUGGGAAUAUUGAUGUUCAGGGAAACAUACAGUUUUCCAUUAGCUACAUUCAGAAGCUCAAAGAGUUUCACAUCUUUGUGGCUGAGUGCCGAAACUUGGCUGCAGUUGACCUGAAGAGGGGUCGCUCCAAUCCGUAUGUCAAAACCUAUCUAGUUCCUGACAAAGCUAAUCUGGGAAAGAGGAAAACAUCUGUAAAAAAGAAGACACUAAAUCCAACUUUCAACGAGAUCCUUAGAUAUCGUGUUUCCGAGGAGGACCUGAGAGCGCAGACGCUCAUUCUCUCCGUUUGGCAUCAUGACACCUUUGGCAGGAACAGUUUCCUAGGCGAGGUAGACGUGGACCUCUCCAAGUGGUACUCUGACCACCCCCAGAUGAAUGACCUAGCCCUGAAAGCAAGGACUACACCUUCUCUUGGGCCAUCAAAUGUGCGAGGACAGAUGAGACUAGCAGUACGUUUCCUGCCACAGAUCGCCCGCAGUGAAGGCAAAGCUAAAGAUGGUGAAAACAUUGGAGAGAUUCACAUUUGGGUGAAAGAAUGCAAGAACCUGCCUCUAAUCAGGGCCACCAUUGAUCCAUAUGUUAAGUGCUUCCUGCUGCCAGACACAAGCAGGAAGAGUCGGCAGAAGACACGUGUGCUGCGGAGAACAGUGAAUCCAGUGUUUAACCACACAAUGGUGUACGAUGGCCUCAGAGAGGCUGAUCUACAGGAAGCCUGUCUGGAGCUCACUGUCUGGGACCGAGACAAGCUAGCCAGUAACCUGCUGGGGGGUGUGAGGCUUGGAGCCGGAACAGGCAGAAGUUAUGGAGCACUGGUGGAUUGGAUGGACUCAGCUUCUUGUGAGGUGGCCCUGUGGGAGCGCAUGAUAGCUUCCCCGAAUGAAUGGGUGGAGGAUAUGCUCCCAUUACGAAUGAUGAACUCUACAAAAACUACUUUAAAAUAAGUAGAAGUAAACCACAUACCAUGCUGAAAAACCUGGUAAAUGAAUCGUUUAAAAAAUCCAGUGCAAUGAUGUCAUUUAGUUAAGAAAGCUUUCUGGGGCUUUUUAAAAAAUCUGAUGAAAAAUAAGGACAAUGGAGUGAAAAACUGGAACCAACCAAAUGAUUAUAAUUUUAGAGCAACUUGUGGAGCCACCUAACAAACCAAAUUCCUAAAAAAGUGUGGCACUGUCAACACUUAGGGAUUUUUGUUGAAACUCUACAGGUGCUUAGAAAAAGAAUAAUUAAUAUCACACAAUAAAUAAACUCCUCUGGUGUGCGAGGUGUAUAUAACUCCAGGGAAUGGCAAAACUGGAAGCUUUUAUUCAGGUAGGGUAGGGAAGAAGAAUUUUAAGACACCUACUGGCCUGUGUGUUGGCUUUUGCCUUUUUAAGGGUGUUGAAACAAGAAUGACACUGAACAACAAGCAUCACAGUGGUACACAGGGAAAUGUUAUAAAGAAACCACACAUGAAUCACACAGCUCUAAACCCCUAAUAAAAACAUAUUAAAGCUGACUUACAACUAACAAAUUCAUCACAAUACCAGACCUCCCCCCAUCUGUCUAGUAGCAUUCAUGUUUGAAUACCUUGAAGAAUGGUUCAAAUUAUAUUUUAACCUCUUGAAUAAAGGUUUCUGUUGUGGGAAUACUGUAGGUAUUCCCAUCAGUUUCUUUCCUAAAGCGAAGUCUUAGUGUGCAGCACACCUCUUUCCUAUCUAAAUUAAAAGCCAAAUUAUCAAGAUAUUCAGAAAUCCGUUUAGUAGUAUUAACCAACAUCAACAGUAAGUAAUGUGAUGGCAAAUGGUAACAGUAGCAAAUGAUGUUAUUCAAAUGUCUACAACAAUAACAAUUACAAAUGUCAGGGUUACUGUAUAGAGGGCAUUUUUACAUCUGAUUCUACAUUUCAGCAUUUAGUAUUUACUUUAUUUACUCUCUCUUGUUGUAUCCUUAAAGCUUAUGCUUAGGGAGCUGUAGCUCUCCCUUAAGUAAUUUUACCUUGACAUGUCCUCUGUUAGGAAAUUCUAAAACACUGGGUAAUACAAUUUUGGUUGCACUGGACCUUUAUAUCACCAACUGAUGUUACAGCCUUUAGUCAUCUAAGCUGCUGUAUCUUCUGGAAACCUUACUUCUCAGACUAACACAACAGUAAUAGAGAAUAAGAAUAAGUAAAUGUAUUGUAAUAAAUAAACUGAUAU